AUGGCGACGACGAUUUCCUCGAGGUUCGCCGUGGUGCCCAGGCAGCGGUGGCGGCAGCAGCAGCAGCAGCCGUCCGUCCUGUCCCAGUGGCACGCCGUGGUCUUCUACUUCGUGCUGGUUUUCGCGGACCAUAUGCAGAACCCGUACGAGUACAAGCUGUACUACUACAACAAUCUCGAGCAGAAGGCGAUCGCGCAAAUCUACGCCAUCGGGGCUCUCGGAGGCUGCUUCGCCGAUCUCUGGGGACGUUCGUUCGCCAAGCGCGUGGGCUGGAAGCUGUCUGCGGCGCUUCUGCUGGCGCUGCUCAUGCAGUCCUGCCUGAUGAAGAACACCGAUGACCUGCUAACGCUGAUGAUCUCAAAGAUUCUGGCUAAGAUCUGCGUGCUCACACUGUUCCCGCUGGCCGUGGGCCAGUUCAGCGCCCGCACCAAGCCGUCCGAGACGGCCACCAUGAUAGGCAACGGCUUCAUCGGCAUCGUCUCGGGUGUGACUGGCAGCCUGCUGUGCGACGUCAUCUACUUCGACUGCUUCAUCAUAUUCUACAUCGCCGCGUUCGUCCUGGGCGCCCUGUUUCUCUUCCACUGGCUCGCUCCGCCGCCGCAGUCCAUCAGGGAGUUCCUGGAACCGUACCGGUCCGACCGCGUCGUCACUCUUGCCGUGCUUUCCUCCGAGGCGGGCCUGUGGUGCUGCAGCACCGUCGUCGAGGCCUAUUGGACGCCCCUGGUCAACCCUUCUAAGAUGAACGUCGGCCUGCUGUACGCCCUGUACUGCCUCUUCCACGUCUUCGGCGGCUGCUUCUUCCGGGUGACCCGCGUGGUCGGGGCGACGCCACGCUACACCCUGACCCUGGCGUGCCUCUUGGCGGCUAUCGGCAUGUUUUUCGUGGCGGCUGCCAUGCCCCUUUACCCGGACUCGGUGCUGGUCAUCGUCAUGGCCAUGCUGGCCUUCCACUUCGCCCUCGGUUUGUGGGGCGUCGCGCUGCGCAAGCUUCGGGACUGCGUCCCGCUGUCGCCCCUGAACGAGACCUACUGCCCGCAGCGCGGGUACGCCUGGUCGGGGCCGUGUUGUUGA